AGUACACUCGUAUACACGCGGUAAGUGGGCGCGUACGAGUAUUAUACAUAAAAUCGGUUUGGUGCGCGAUCGCGCGUAUGAUCGAUCGUUCCAUGUGAGGUGUGCGUAUCGAGUGCGUCCGAUCCCAGCGAGCCGGAGAUAUACACCCGUAGGACGAUGUCGGGCCCCCAAGGACGAGGGGCUCUGUGGCUCCUCCUCGCGCUUGCCCUACUCUCUGCAGGGUGUCUGGGACACAAGCCCCAGCUUCAACCGAACGUCAAGGAGCUCGAGAUAAACGAGGGAGAGGCUCUGGAAAUCACCUGCACGAGCUUUGGCGAUGUUAACUUUUACUACCCGGAAGACGACAAGGACGACAAUAUAACCACGUCGGAGCACAAAAUUUCGAGGUAUAAGAGCGACGAUAGCGUGGAAAUAAAGUUUCAAAGGCGAUCGACCGUCUUUGGCGACACCGGUUGGUACGGCUGCGCCAAUGUCGACGGUAACGUAACGAGCAAAGACUACGACGAUCCAAAUGCCAGUUGGACCUACGUUUACGUAAACUCCAAUGAAAGCGCGUUCAUUCAAAUUUUCGACGGCUACGUGAUACGUUACGCGCACGUCGGGAACCGGGCCAUUCUGCCGUGCCGUCCAACUUCUCCUAGAUUCCACGUGAAUCUCAAGGCUUUCAACAAAAACCUCAAGCCAAGCGAAAGGAUAACUUUCGAUCCGAAAAUUGGUUUCGUCAUUGAAAACACCACAAUCCUGGACAGUGAUUACUACACCUGUGAAACCGAUGAGGACGUUUCAUCGCAAGUGAUAUACAUUUACCUUUUGAUCAUAAAUAAGGAUUCGCUGAAAAAGCCAAUUAUCAAGACUGACGGUCUCGAGCACGUCACCGCUGGUUCGACCCUGUCAGUCAAGUGCGUCGUUGAGAUGGGAAUAGAAAACCCCUACAGCAUAUCUUGGAAGACACCACGAAAUUCCACUUCCAGGAUCAUUUUAGAUCCGGUUCACGAAGAAAAAGGUGGCGUUAGAUUGGUCACUUCUGAACUAAUCGAGAACAACGUAACUUACGACGACGAGGGUGAAUACACUUGCCAAGUGAAGGCACCCUUGGAAAUCACGAGUACCAAUGUCUACAUUAAAAUACACGAUCCUUAUAAUACGUACAUAAAUUUAACGUCCGACGAGGAGAACAGACACUAUAUAGUACACGCCGACAAUUCGGUAACUUUUUCAGCCCACGUCAAUGCGUACCCAACGCCAACGCUCACGUGGCUCGGCACCAAUGGUAAGAAAAUUUCAUCGGGAAACAAAUUUACGGUGACAAAUGUCCCACCGGCGACUAGUUUGACGAUACAUAGCGUUCAGAUCCAAGAUAUGGGGAUUUACACCCUUCAAGCGAACAAUGACGUCGAAGUAAAACACUUGAAUUUUAGUCUCGAAGUUCACGCUAAGCCGUGGGCUCUGCUAGAUACGGCUGAAAUCAAGUCUUUUUACGGCUUCGGCGAGAAUGCAACAUUUGUUUGUCAAGCACUUGGUUAUCCCAUGUCCAACAUAUCGUGGUUUUUCACGAGUUGCCCGAAAUUUCAAUCCGAAGACGACUGCGAGAAAUCCGAGCUCAAGGGUACGGAAACAAUUGGGCAGAGUAACACAACAGUUAACUCAAAAGUAACGACAAACUUGAAAACCUUUGGCAGAAUAAACUGCACCGCUUGCAAUGUAUACGCCUGCGAUUCCGUGGAACAAAAUGUAUUUAUUACCGACGGAGUACCCGACGCCUCCUUUGGGAUCAUAGAGCCGGAAGGAAAAUUGACCGUAGGCGACAACGUUACUCUAGUAUGCGCUGCUGUGAAUUACAACUUUUCUUCGGUAAUGUGGUUGUCCGAUCAAGGAGAAUUGGUUGCGAAUUCCGAAAGAAUAAACGUUACCUCGGAAGAUACCAAAUUCACUCACCGCUCUGUUCUCACCAUCAGAAACGUGCAGCCAUCCGAUCAAUUGGACUAUUAUUGCGAAGCGACGGAUUUCGAUUACCAAACCAAUAAAAUAUCUUACUUCCUUGCCCUCGAAGAUCCAAAAGAGCCAUACUUUAUCAAUGUCAAUAUGAACGACACCGAAGUAACUCUGUCAUCGAGAGAAGCUCACAAUUCGAUUUAUUUACUGUGUUACGUCGGAGGAAUGCCAAAACCCAAUGUGUCGUGGUAUAAGAAUGACGCGCCUUUGGAACUGUCGGAACAACAGUACAACCUUGUGUCCGAUAACCAGGAAUUGAUAAUAAAAUACAUGUUGGAAAGCGACAGCGGAAAAUACGCGUGUGUUGCCCGAAAUCGUUUUGGAUCGGUUCAAAGAUCCCAAAAAUUCAUCGUUAAAGGGGUUGAAAAGCCAUGGCUUUGGAUCGGAAUGAUAGUUUGCUUGAUCAUUGUUCUCACUGUUCUUUUGAUUUACUUUUGCCUAAAAGUACGGCAUGAAAAGUUGAUGAGAAAGCAACUGUUGGAAGCUGGUCUGACGUACUUCGAGGAAGGAGCGCUCGACUGCAUAAAUCCGGAGCUAAUGGUGGACGACCAAGCGGAACUCCUUCCGUAUGACAGAAAGUGGGAAUUUCCGAGGGAAAAAGUAAAGUUAGGAAAACAACUGGGAAGUGGUGCCUUUGGGGUGGUCAUGAAGGCAGAAGCAUAUGGGAUCAUCGCUGACGAGCCCGUUACGACCGUGGCCGUGAAAAUGGUCCGAAAAAGUGCAGAACCAGUUUACAUUCGUGCUCUGGCGAGUGAGUUAAAAAUUAUGGUGCAUCUGGGAAAGCACCUGAAUGUUGUGAAUCUUCUUGGCGCCUGUACCAAAAAUAUUGCCAAACGUGAACUUUUGGUUAUCGUUGAAUUCUGUAGAUUUGGAAAUCUGCAAAACUAUCUGCUGCGUCACCGAGAAAAUUUCAUCGAUCAAAUCGACCCGUCGACCGGUAAAAUUGAUCCAUCCAUUGGAAAGGAAUCAAAGAGAAUAAAACAUCCAACAUCGACGUUUCCCAACCAAUUGAGCACUGCCUCGAGCAAUAGCGAACCAAGUGGGGAGUCGGUCGUCUACUGCGCUGAUACUCAGAAUAUCAGUGGCCCGAUGAGACUUAACGUUGGUUUCGAGCACAGCGACUCCCAGCCGGGAUGGCGCUCAAACUACGAGGGCGAUUACAAAGAGAAGAAUCUCGAGCCCAUCUGCUCGCAGGACCUUCUCUCGUGGGCCUUCCAAGUGGCCCGUGGCAUGGAAUAUCUCUCCCGAAGGAAGGUUUUGCACGGCGAUUUGGCUGCGAGGAACAUCUUACUCGCGGAGAACAACGUCGUCAAAAUCUGCGACUUUGGCUUAGCCAAGACAAUGUACAAGGACGACAAUUACAAGAAGCAGGGCAACGGCCCGGUGCCGGUCAAAUGGAUGGCCAUCGAGUCGAUCAGGGACCAGGUCUUUUCGACAAAGUCAGACAUCUGGUCCUUUGGUAUAGUUCUCUGGGAAUUCUUCACUCUGGCAGAGAUCCCGUACCCUGGCAUGGAAGUCGAGAAGCAGUACCAAAAACUCGUCGAGGGCUACAGAAUGGAGCAGCCCGCUUAUGCCACCAAAGACAUCUACGACAUCAUGCUCCGAUGUUGGAAGGCCAAGCCAAGUCUGAGGCCGUCGUUCACAGAACUAGUCGAGAGCAUCGGCGACUUACUGGAGGAUGGCGUCAAAAUGCACUACGUGGAACUGAACUACAUGUACGAAAGCAUGAACAAAGCCAGCAACUUGGAGGGCAAGAAUGACUACCUGUCGAUGAUGCUGUCACCGGAUCACGUGGAGUACGUCCCAGCUCGGCACGACUACAUGAACGGCUCGCCUCGAGCCGCGGAUCCAGCCUACUUGACCGUGAUCGGCGACAGUCCCAGGAAUGUUCACUCCGAAGGCGAGGACACGCCGAUGCUGACAAAAAUCAAGACGGAGCCUGAACAGGACGAAGAUAAUUACUUGAAGCCAAUCGACAUAAACAAGAAACGGGAGGAAUUUAUGAAGCAGCGCGAGGCCGAAAGGAAAAAGGAUAGGGAAAGCGGUGACGUGUCACUGUCGACCGACAGGGACUCGGGCUACUGCAACGCUCCGAAAAACAUGGAAGUGAACGACAAUUUGCGGGCCGAAGGGAAAAACAAAGGGGUUGACGACACGGACAAGCCGACCAUCGUCAUACCGAUAAAAGACAAUUACGUUAAUAUUCAUCAGCGGGAAACCGAGAGAAGUAAAUACCGCUCAGCGCUGGACACGUUUAUGAAUCCAAGCUAUUUGUUUGUCGAAUCUGCUAAUUUAAACUCCACGGAUGUUCCUUGGAAGAAGAAUAACCCAUAGAGGAGCCCCUUUUAAUUUGCUGCAAGUACGACAUACAUAUCUGUAAAAAUUUACAGCACUGUAAGUCCGUAUAAAGACGCGAACAAGUAUUUUUCUACUAUUUUUUACGUUGAACCAUGACUAUCGAUAAAACUGUGUUUGUUGAAAAACUCUCGCACAAGUUCUUACGCCUAGAUGUAUGUGUGUAUAGGUAAUAGUGUUUGGAGCCGUGAGAACUGUUAAUUCAGUGUUGAAAGAUCCUAUUAUACAAUCAAAUUGUUUUUAUACUUACAUGUGUAAUUAUAAUCAACGUAAUUGUAUAUCCGCGAUUUAAGUUAUUUUUGUGCGAUUAUAAUGAAUUUUAGUGUUUCAGUACAUUGAGAGAGCGCUAUUACAUACUGAAAAUGUUAAUCAUUGAAGUUUACGACAGCGCCAUUAUCAUAAUGUUAUUUGUUUGCGGUUAAAUGUAUCAGUUGGUGUGUGUGUGUCUGUGCAUGUGUGUGUGAGUGUAAAAAAAAUUUUUUACCAAAAAAUGUUUAUGUUUGAGUAUUUAAACUUAUUACAUAUAGGUAAUAAUGAUUAAAAACAAACAACGACAAUCUACUUUUUACAAAUCACUGUUGUGUACGUACUUAACACAGAUAAAUGCGUUUCAAAAUUAGAAUUUUUUUUAAUGUGUAGGUAAUGUAAGUAUAUGUAUAUAAUACUGAGAAUUAAAGUUUUUUUAUGUACAAAUUUUUAAGCCAUUCGUUUUACUUGCCACUGAAACCAUCACCUUAUUUGGAAAAUUCUGUAAGUGAAACAAAGU